GCCGUGUUGUGGUCUGAAACGGUACCAAAGCUCUAUUGCAAGAAACAGAACCACGGUUUUAUUGUUUUCGUGUUGGUUUAGCUUGAAAAGUAAUUAUCGGUGUAUGCUGUCGAUUCCUUUGUGGCAGAUGAAUGGCCGUUACCGCAGCUAGAGUGAUGGCAACGAGCGGAUCGGCGUCUUUGUCCCGGUUCAGAGGCGCACUGGUGGCCGGGGUCUUGGGGGACUGUAUCGGCGGAGAGUUCGAGGGCGCAGAGGAGGUGCCCAUGGAAAGCGUGUUGGCGCACCUGAGCGGGCUGGAUGACGAGACCAAAGGAAAUGGCGUCCUUGAAUACAGCGAUGACACGGCUAUGGCGCGCUGUGUGGUUCAGUCCCUUCUCACUAGAACUGGUUUUGAUGAACAGGAUAUGGCACGCCGGUUUGCCAAGGAGUACAGUGCCUCCCCGGGUCGUGGAUAUGGUUCUGGGGUCAUCCAGGUGUUGAAGAAGCUAUCCUGUCCACGGCUCAGUGAUGUGUUCCAGCCAGCAAGGGACCAGUUCAAUGGCCGGGGCUCUUUUGGAAAUGGGGGUGCAAUGAGAGCUGCACCCUUUGCACUGGCUUUUUCCAAUGCGACUGAUGUUAAAAGGUGUGCUCGGUUGGGUGCCAUGCUGACACACUCUUGUUCUUUGGGUUACAAUGGUGCAAUCCUGCAAGCACUUGCUGUUCACUUCUCUUUGCAAGGAGGACUAGAGGCACCUCAACAGUUCAUCAACAGUCUGAUUACAGAGAUGGAAGAAGUGGAAGAUACAGACGUGGCACGCAAGGAUGCCAGAAUCUUGAAGGAAGCAGAGAAGCCAUUUUGUGAAAGACUUCAUAGAGUAAAGGAGCUGAUGGAAAGGAGCAAUGUCAGCAUUGAGGAAGUAAUCUCAGAACUGGGUAAUGGCAUUGCAGCCCUCCACUCUGUCCCCACUGCCAUCUUCUGUGUCCUUCACUGUCUUAAACCCCUGGAAUGCUUACCACAGAGCUACAGAGGCCUGGAGAGGACAAUUGCCUACAGCCUUGCACUAGGAGGGGACACGGACACUAUUGCUUGCAUGGCCGGUGCUAUCGCUGGAGCUCACUACGGCAUUGAGUCCAUUCCACUCUCAUGGAUCAAAUGCUGUGAGGGAGCAGAGGAUGCAGACAGAGACGCAGAAAGACUACACGCUUUGUAUCACCAGAUGUCACUGAACAAUGCGAGUAGCACAGGGGAGAAAAGUGCUGAAGAUGGAUCCAGAAAUGGUACAGCAAGCAAGGCAGGAAGAGGUGAAUAAAAUAA